GUUGCAUAAUUUUGACCCUUCUGUUUUCUAUUCAAAUAAACUCCCAUUUUCUUCUUUAAUUAACACUCUCUCUCUUCUUCUUGUUGUUGAUGUUGUUGUUGCGUAUGAAGAGUAGCUGUCUUGUUUGUGUGAAAAGUCAGCGUCUUCUUCUCUCUCUGCCUCACUUGUUCAAAACCAUAGAAACCAUUCUCUCUUUCUCUUUCUCUCUCUUUUGCUUGCUACUGUAAGGGAAGAACAAAAAACUCUCAUAGUUUCAAACCUUGAGAAAAAAAAAUCCUGUUCUUUUGUUUUAUUUGCUUUUCUUGCUUCCUAAUAACUGAAAAACCAGACCCAUCUCCUGUAAAUCUCAGCAGAAACAAGGAUAUCAUAGAAAAAGAAUUUUUUUUCCUUCAUGCCUGUCUUGUACGUUUGUUUGGGUGCACGAAAAUACACAUCUUUCAUCAAAAUCUCUCUCUCUCUCCAUGUCAACUUAAUUGUUGAUUAUGCAUAUUAAUUAGUAUAGUAUGUGCAGCUUCUUUGGCUUGGAAAUGGACAACUACCAAGGUGAUUUAACAGAUAUAGUUAGAGGCAGCGCUGGAGCUUUAGGCCAAUCGGAUAUUUCUCCUGUAUCCAACUGGGAAUUCCCAUCUGAUCCGCUCAGUCUUUCUUCUUCAUCAUCAGCUAUGGAGGAUAACAGGGAUAAUGUUUUUGGUGAUCCUUUUGUUAACAUGAGAGAUCCACUUCUUUAUGAACUCAACGUCGCCGCCGGUUCUGGCUAUUUUAGCAGUUCAAAUUCUACAGAUCAUAUGCUCAGUACUAGUCUUGAGGACAUAAGUAAUGAUUUUUCUGGUGCAAAUACUAGUAAUAUUCUUGCCCAUAAAGUGUUUGAAGAGGAGAUGGAUAAGAAUCCUUGUAAUAUAUUUUCACGGAUUCAGAUCUCGCAGAAUAAUCCCACCAAGUUGCCUGCUUCACCUUGUGAUUCUCCUGUUGUGGCUUCUGCUUCUGCUUCUGCUUCUUCUUCUUCGCCGAGGGGCUUUAAGGCUUCUAUGGUUUCAAUCGACAUGAUUAAUACUAAUAUCUCUAAAACUUGCUUGAUUGACAACGCUGGACCAGUGCAGAUCUCAUCUCCAAGGAAUCUGGGUAUCAAAAGAAGGAAGAGCCAGGCAAAGAAGGUUGUUUGUAUUCCAGCACCCGCAGCUGCUAACAGCAGGCCUAGCAGUGGAGAAGUGGUUCCAUCUGAUUUAUGGGCAUGGAGAAAAUAUGGUCAGAAACCCAUCAAAGGUUCUCCUUAUCCAAGGGGAUACUACAGAUGCAGCAGUUCAAAGGGUUGCUCAGCGAGGAAACAAGUGGAGCGUAGCCGGACCGAUCCUAACAUGUUGGUUAUCACCUAUACUUCUGAGCACAACCAUCCAUGGCCAACUCAGAGGAAUGCUCUUGCAGGGUCGACAAGGUCUCAGCCAUUAAAGAACAAUGCUGGUGCUUCGAAGAGCUCCCCAAGCUCUCAAGCACAAAAGACAACAAAUACCAAGGAAGAACAGAAGGAGAGCAACAAUGACACAUUGUCUCCAACCUUCGUUUGUGGUAGCUCAACAGCAAGUACAUCAGUAAAAGAAGAGAUUGAGGACAUUGAGAAGCAAAUGGAGAUGGAUGAUGCUAAUCAAUUCAGCGAAGGGUUUCCUUAUAGACCUGCAAUUCAAGCAGACUCAAACCAAUCUGAAGAUUUCUUUGCUGAUUUGGGAGGCAUAGAGACAGACCCGCUUGAUCUUUUGUUUAGCCAAGGAUUCACUCCAGAUGAACAGAAAGAAAGCAAGGCCUUGGAUCCAUUCGGUUUCUUCAAUUGGCCAGGGGACACAAACACCACCACCACCACCACCACCCCCAACAACAACAACAACAACAACAUUUCCUUUGGAGAAACCAAAAGGGAUUCAUAAGAAGACCCUGAAGAGCAACCCCUUUACCCCCAACCACUACUUUCUUUUCUUGUUAGAUUUACCAGAAGAGUGAGAGAAAUUAGGAAGCAAGUAGUGAAAAAAGAGAGAAAUUAAGAGAGAGAGAGUGCUGGUUGAUUGGAAGCAGACCUAUGAGUCCCACAUUCCUUUUGGAAUAUUAGUGGAUGGGACAGAAAGCUGAGGAACAGAAGGUUUCAACAGUUAAAACAAGUACAUGACUGGAAAGCUCAGAGAGAUUCAUACACGAUGAUGGGACUUGCCAUUUCAUCUUUUUUUUUUUUUUUCUCAUUUUCAUGUGGGAUAAAUUAUUCAUCAUGUUGCCUGAAUUCUUUUCAUAGGAAAUCAAUUGGGCAGCAAGACAAAACAAGCCCACAAAAUUAAUACAUUAAUUUAAAAAAUCCUUAAAUUAAGAAAAGCUUUGUCUUUUCUUAUCAGUCAUUUUAGAUCUCUAGGGAUGUGUAAAGAGAGAAAGAGAUCUUGUAAGACUUUGGGUUCCUCAGCUUUCUGUUUCUUUUGUUAUCCACACUCACUGCAACUUGUGUUUUCAUUUCAGUUGUUUACUUCAAGUGUUAGUUAUUAAAAAGGAUGGUUUUGUGC